GGGAUGCUAUGUGCCUGGAGGCAGGGAUGGGUCAUGUGGUUGAGUUCAUUCUAUACUAUAAAAUAGGGUGGGCGCUCAAAAAUCUACCGUGAUCAACGUUUUUAUCCAUCGCCGAAUUGGGAUUGCAAGUGACAUACAGCCAAAGCGUUCGCUGGCAUCGUUUAGGGACCACUAAUCUGUACAAAAUCGGACAAGACCUUUGAAUCUUGAAAUGGGAUUGUAGCCUAGUAUAUACAGAGGAGCUAAGCUUGAGAGGGUGAGGGAGGGAGGGAGAGAGAAAGAGAGAGCAAAGUCAGAAUCCAAAAGACAGGGAGAAAAAGUAUUCAAAGGAAAACAUUCCAAAAUGGAUGGGACGAAGCCAGUCAUGGAGUCUACCACAGAGGAAAACCAAGAGGAGAGGGAAGAAAGCAAAGGUUGCUUCGAAUGCUGCAUCAAGUGUCUGGGCGGCGUGCCCUACGCCUCGCUGGUGGCCACCAUCCUCUGUUUCUCCGGCGUGGCUCUGUUCUGCGGGUGUGGUCACGUGGCGCUGACCGGUACACUGACCAUGCUGGAGAAUCACUUCUCUCAGAUCACCACUGACCACGCCACCCUCACCAUCGUGAUGCAGACCAUGCAGUACGUCAUCUACGGCAUCGCCUCCUUCUUCUUUGUUUAUGGGAUCAUCCUGCUGGCUGAGGGCUUCUACACCACCAGCGCCGUCAAGAAGGAGCUGCAGAGCCAGUUCAAGACCACCGUGUGUGGCCGCUGCAUCACAGCCACGUUUGUGUUCCUUACGUAUAUCCUGGGCCUGGCCUUCCUGGGGAUCUUUGGCUUCUCAGCCAUUCCCGUCUUCCUCUUCUACAACAUGUGGACUACCUGUGCUGCCAUGAAGUCCCCCAUGGCCAACAUCACCGAUCCCGACUCCAUCUGUGUGGACGUCAGGCAGUACGGUAUUAUUCCAUGGAACGCGACACCCGGAAAAGCCUGCGGAUCUACACUAGGAGACAUCUGUAGCACCAGCGAGUUCUACCUGUCUUUCCACCUGUACAUUGUUGCGUGUGCUGGGGCAGGCGCCACCCUCAUUGCAUUGAUCCACUAUCUGAUGAUCCUGUCGGCAAACUGGGCCUACCUGAGGAGCUCCUGCAACCAGAACGAGUACCAGGACAUCAAGACAAAGGACGACGACGUGGAGGAAGGUGGCUCCAAGGAGGGUCUCAACUCCUCUUACUCAUAAGAACCGGCCAACCACCCCUUCACACACUUCCUCACACCUAACCUCCAACCCCCUUCUGGGUAAAACCAACACCUGGGUCUCCUUCACUAUGGGCGGUGUUCUGACUUGAGAUAUGUUCACUCAACUCAAAUUUUCACACGUUGGCUACGUUUACACAGGGAGCACAAUUCUGUUAUUUUUUUCCCACUAAUUGGUCCUAUGACCAAUCAUAUCUUUUCACAUCAACUCUUUUUCGGAGCUUAUCUGAUUGGUCAAAAGACCAAUUAGUGAACAAAAUAUCAGAAUUGGACUGCCUGUGUAAAUGAAAUGCAGCCCAUGUCUUCCAUUAACAUCAAUGGACAAUUUAAGCUAAGGUCUGAGUUGAGCACACUUUUCUCAAAUCUGAAUCAUGUCCUUUGUCCAAACAGGAGCAAACGUUUUCAAACGGAACAGGUAUAUGAGAAGUUCCUAUUGGAUGAGCUCAGGUUAGGUGGUACCUCUUCCUGUUUGCUCUCGAUUGGACCGUUACUGAGCGCAACCCUGCUGCCAUAGCCUAACUGCUCUGAAUCAAUCACAGCACAGCACUAACACAGCGAAUAACCGCCUAACAAUAAGGUCACUGUCUGCACAACUCCUGAGGAAGCGUGCCACAAAAUGUCCUGUUUCUUUGGUGUUUUAUAAAUAUGAAUAUAUUGUGCGAAUGUGUAUGUAUGAAUGUUUUUUUUUUUAUACUACUUCAAAAUAUGACAGGUUUACUAUUAUAUUUAUCUGGUCUUCUCUUAUUUCUGGUAUUUUUCUCCUUUGGUUAUCUUAUCGCAACCCUGUUUUACCUGAUUUCGUUUUUUGCUUUUUUUAUGGUAAUGCUUGUAUCAAAAAUAUAAAGAAGUAAAGUAGACUUCCAAAACCCAUGUAAACAUUACAUACACAGCAUCUCAGGGUGCCUCUCAUAGAAUAUAGUCCUACUAUUACAUUAACUUUCCCAAUCCUUUGUUGACAUCCAGCAAUUUCUGUUAAGUAAUUCUUCAUUUUGGCCUGAGGAGAAAAACGUGUGCUGUACCCUAACCGGAUUGGACACAUUCACUAAUGUGACUGUUGGCCCAAAGCAGCAGUUCUGUCAGCAGCUGUCUGCAGUGUUAACGCAUUACCUUGACCCGCAAGGGAAACAUCUAGCCUGGU